GCCAGGGCCAGUGCUGCCAUGAGUUGGCGAGCAGAGUCUACGUACCAGAAGCAGUCGGCCUUUGUAGAGGAUGAGAAGGAGUACUUGAAGCUGGCCAAGAAGCUGCGCGACAUCCUGAAGCUGGAGGAGAAAGUGUCUGCCGGCGAGAAGCUUGCGCAGAACCAGCAGGACAAGGUCGCUCAAAAGGAUGCCCUCCUGAAAGAGGUGACGUCGCUUGCCGGAAAACUUCCCGGCGAUUCUGACGUCCUUGGGAAGACGGAGGACAUCAUGGCCCUGCUGCCGAAGGCCACGGUGCAAGGCAUCGAACGCCGACGGAAGCAGGAGCAAGAGCGCAGAUUGGACCGAGAGAGGAAGCAGGAGGAGGAGCGGCGAAAACCAGAAUUUAUGUGUCGCCACGAUCGGCCCAUCCUGAGCGUUUGUAUCUCAGCAGAUGGCAGGUAUCUCUUCACCUGCUCCAAGGAUGGCUAUCUCAUCUGCUGGUCCCUGGAGAACAAGCUUCUGAAGGCCAUCGUCACCUUCGCAGGGCAUACAGGCGCUGUCUUCACGCUGGAUGUAUGCGAAGCGCCGUCUCUGCUCAUGAGCGGAUCGGCUGAUGGUCAGGUCAAGUUCUGGGAGGGGAACCCCGACAAGCUGCAGCACUUUACUGUGGUGUCCCCGAAGACCUCCCUGGACCAUGGUGGCAGAGUCAG